AUGAUCGAUAUUGCUAAUGAGCUUGGAGUUCCGAGCUAUAUCUACUACACAUCGAGUGCAGGGUCUCUCGGUUUGAUGUUUCAUGCGCAAGCUCUUCAUGAUGAUCAGAACAUGCAGACUGUUGUGUUGAAAGAGUCGGAUGCUGAGUUGGAAGUACCGAGUCUCGUUAACCUAAUUCCUUCCAAGCCCGUUAGCAUUGAUCUCGGGUCAGGUGGGUCCACCACAAAAUUGGAGAUCAUGGAGUGGCUUGAUGAUCAAUGGCCAUCGUCGGUUGUGUUUCUAUGCUUCGGGAGCAUGGGAAGCUUCGAUGAGGAUCAGGUAAAAGAAAUUGCAUCUAAGGAUGAAGAGCAUCCGCAGAGUGAUGAGAAAAACGAGAUGCUGGAAGGAUUAGUCAUGGAAAUGAAAAAUGUUGAUAUAGGGCCACCUGAAGCUCCAAUCUAG